GGCUUGAAUCGCAAUGGUCGGUUUUCGGGGAGGAUUCCCCUUUUGCUUGUUGGCCUCGAACAUGAUGACCUGCCAGCCUUCGCCUGCUCCCCGGGCCAAAACCCCAGAUAUGUUCGCAUGGACGUGGACAAAAAUCCCAAAGAAGAAGGUUGAGAUAAGAACAGGGUGUGUCGGUCUUGGCUAGUCUUGGCCCUCGCCGGAGGGUGGACAUGAAUGUGGAAUAGCGUUGCAAUGGUGCAUCCAACCACUCGGCCUUUGUCCUGGCCUUGUCUAUCCG